UAUAGCCACGUUCAAGUGUAAACCGCAGUAGUUGUGUGUGUACGUGCGCUCUGAGUUUUGUGUGCUUUCUCACGGCGCCUCUGCACUGGCUUAGUGGAAAUAUCAGUUUUCGCGCACCCACAGCGCUCAGUGCCGCGUUAGCCCGUGAAUCGUGACCCACGUUCACGGCGGUCGCUGUGUUCAACGCUGCAGCCAAGCUGUAGUUUUUGUUGUUCAUUUUUAUCAUUACUCAUCAGUUUACUCGCCCGGUCUCCUACGGGACGUCGUUUACCUCACGUGCCUACGAAACUUAACCUGAACGGACACGUUUAUUUGUCCGCUUGUGUGCGCACACGGUGUUCAGACUUUGUACCUUCGGUGACUUCUAGAUUAUUUGAUAAUUUUUUUUUUUUUAUCAUCACUCGUUCGGCUCAAUCAGCAACGUAGUAAUCUUAAUUGCAGCUGUUGGACCAAACACGCAUUCUCGCAUAGUUAUAUUAUAAUCGACGAUUAUGGUGAUCGUGCGGACGACUGAAUAUUGCAGUGAACAACGGGUAAUCCUGAAAACGAUAAUGCAGAAUUCCAUCGACAGUCAAAUGUUUCCAUUACAAUGUCUUUAAGUGACAUUCGUCAAAUGUAUCUCUUAUUGUUUAUCAAUUCUUAAUUUUUCUUUCGUUUUUUCCCUUUGCUCUUUUUAUUUAUUUAUUAUUAUUUUUUAUUUAACCCUCGUAUUUAUUUAUUCAAUAAAUUAUUUUUUCUAUUAAGACGUUAAAUCGAUUAUUUUCAAUAACAAUUUUAAAAACCGUUUCUACGCACGUAAAAUCAUUUUUUAAAUAUCUAUAAAUUUACAAUAUUUUCAUCAUAAACUUGAGUGGUUAGAUAUUAAUUUUGACUCGUCGCGAUUCAUUGUUAAAUUUUUAUGUAAUUUUUCACUGAGCUCUCAUAUUCAAAUUUGUUAGACAUUUAUAAAUGAAUUAACAGUUCAAUAUCUUUGAAAUCUUCCGAAAAAUUCUUGAGCAAAUAAUUCAUUAAAUUCUAUAUUCCUUUUUAUAUCCUAAUCUUUAAUAUGAAAGACAAACCAAAUUCAACUCGCAUUUACGAUAAGGAUGGUUUUCGUCGGCGAGCGGCAUGUAUAUGUGUACGGAAAGAUUCAGACGAGGUGCUGUUGGUGACUUCAUCUAGUAGACCAGAGCAAUGGAUUGUACCAGGUGGUGGAAUUGAACCUGAAGAAGAGCCAAGUGCUACUGCUAUUAGAGAAGUGGUGGAAGAAGCUGGUGUUGUUGGUCGACUACACAGACGUCUUGGGACCUUUGAAGAUAGAACUCAUACAAGGAGACAUAGAACUGAUGUGUUUGUGAUGAUAGUCACUGAAGAGCUACCAGAGUGGGAAGAUUCAUUGGGGAUAGGUCGUAAGCGCAAAUGGUUUAAAUUAGAAGAUGCAUUGAAUAUGCUUCGUUUACACAAACCUACUCAGCACACAUAUCUUGAAAGUUUUGUGCUUAACAAACAAAUAUUAAAUACUUGAUAUUUUCUCUGAAAUACAUUACAUAACAGUUAUUUAAAAAUCCAACCCUAAAAUAUUAUAGAUUAAAUUAACUUUUUGCUAUAAAAUUAAUUGAUUAACUAGAACUCAUAUUGUGUUAAGAUCAAAUUAGUUUAUCAAAAUUUAUUUUAGAUUUAAGAAAUACAUAAUAUUCUUACACAUUUAUUAUUUUUUUUAUAUUAUUUUUUAAGCUAUAAACAUUU